CUUUUCUUUGUAUAUCCAUUUGGGCACACCGUGUAAUAUUGCACGUGUCUAUGUAUGGCACAUAUUGUCAUUCCGACGAAUAUUUUUCGUGAACUAGAACCCCAAAAAGUGAAGACCUUUGUAUUAUUCACAGAUCAAAAAGUAAAGUAGUAUUUGAUAGAGGCAUUGAACGCUGGAGUAAAGAAAGGUGAAAACCAAAUUGUAAAAAACAGCAAAUUUGAAUUCACAAUAUCAAGAUUAUCUAUCAUACAAGUCAUGUGAUUUUGUGACCCACUUUUAUUUCAAUCGGCUUUGAAAGGAACUUAGAUCGCCUUUUGAAGUGGAUUUCUAAGUUGAUUCUUUCAAUUAUGAUUUACAUUCUUGCCUUAAUUGCAAUUUUUGUGUAUUCUGGGUAUGCUGCCCCACAGAAUUUAUUUUUUGGUGCUUCAAAAUGCGGAUAUAGCAGCUGUAAUGCAGUGAAACAUGGGAUGAUCAAUGUUCAUUUAGUUCCUCAUACUCAUGAUGAUGUUGGUUGGUUAAAAACAGUAGAUCAAUAUUACUAUGGUGAUAAAAAUGAUAUUCAGAUAGCUGGAGUACAAUAUAUAUUAGAUUCAGUUAUACCAGAGUUGAUAAAUGAUCCUAAUAAAAGAUUUAUAUAUGUUGAAAUUGCCUUUUUCGCCCGCUGGUGGAGAGAGCAAUCAGAUAGCAUGAGACAUGCUGUUAAAGGUCUGGUAAAUGAAGGUAGACUAGAGUUUAUACUAGGUGGUUGGUGUAUGAAUGAUGAAGCAGCCACACAUUAUAAUGCUAUCAUUGAUCAACAUACUAUUGGAUUUGAAUUUUUACGUCAAAAUUUUAAGGAAUGUGGUAGACCUCGUGUAGCAUGGCAAAUUGAUCCAUUUGGCCAUUCUAGAGAAUUAGCAUCUCUAUUUGCUCAGAUGGGAUUUGAUGGUUUAUUUUUUGGUAGACUUGAUUAUCAAGAUAAAGAUAAUAGAUUAAACAAGAAAACUAUGGAAAUGAUUUGGAAAGGAAGUCCCAAAAAUCUUGGUUCUAGAUCUGAAUUAUUUACUGGUGCCCUCUAUAGUGGUUAUGGACCACCAUCUGGUUUUUGCUGGGAUACAAUUUGUGGUGAUUCACCUAUUAUGUUAUCAUCUUCCUUUAUGUUUCAGGCAAAACAUUACCAAACCAAACAUCUUAUCUGGACCAUGGGGUCUGAUUUUCAGUACAGUAAUGCUCAUACUUGGUAUAAAAAUCUAGAUAAACUUAUUAAAUAUGCUAAUGCUAUGCAAAGUAAUGGUAGUAAAGUAAAUCUGUUAUAUUCAACACCAUCAUGUUAUUUAGACCAACUUAAUAAAGCAGGUUUAAAAUGGACGACAAAAGAAGAUGAUUUCUUCCCUUAUGCUUCUAGAGGCCAUGGUUUCUGGACUGGUUAUUUCACCAGCAGAGCUACUUUAAAAUAUUAUGUUAGAAGAACCAAUAAUUUUCUACAAGUAACAAAACAAAUGGAUGCUCUAGCUUUAUUAGAGGACACUGACAACAGUACUUAUAAUAUAGUUAUUUUACGAGAAGCAAUGGGUGUUGCUCAACAUCAUGAUGCUGUGUCAGGUACAGAAAAGCAAGCUGUAGCCUAUGAUUAUGCUGAAAGAUUGGCUAAUGGUGUCAAUGAAUGUCAGAAAGUUGUAAAUGAUGCUUAUGGUAAAUUGAUGCCAUUAAAAACAGUAAAACCACCUGGUCAUUCCUUCUGUACAUUAUUAAACAUUAGUAGCUGUGCUUUUACAGAACAAAAUAAAAUGUUCCAGUUACAUAUUUAUAAUCCUAUAGCUAGAUCAGUGAUCUAUUAUGUCAGAUUACCAGUGGUAGGUUCUGAAUAUAAUGUAGUUGGUCCUGAUGGUAAACCUAUUCAGAAUCAGAUAGUACCUAUAGCCUCAGACACUAUGAGAAUACCAGAAAGAAAAGGAUCUUUAGCAAAACACGAACUGGUGUUUAAUACCACACUACAACCUCUUGGUUUUACUACAUAUUUUAUACAGAUGACUUCUGCCAAAAAAACUAAAACAUUGGAAACAACUAAAGUUAAACAAUUAACUGGUACAGAAGAUACUGUACUAUCUAAUAAGUAUAUUUCCUUGACAUUUGAUGGUAGUAGUGGAUUAUUAUCCAAGAUGGAGAAUUUAGAGAAGAAGAUUAGUAUUAAGUUAAAUCAACAGUUAGGUUAUUAUAUUGGUCAUGAUGGUAAUAACAGUAAAGAUGAGUUUGUAGCAUCCGGUGCCUAUAUAUUCCGUCCUAGCUCUAACAAUGUUCAUAUGUUUGAUAAACCACAGCUUAAGUUAAAGAAUUACAUUAAACAGGGAGAAAUAGUUCAAGAAUUAACUCAAUCAUUUAGUUCGUGGGCCACUGAAAGUUUCAUUCUGUAUGAAAAUGCUAAAUGGGCAGAAAUUCAGUGGACUGUUGGACCUAUACCUAUUAAUGAUAAAAAGGGUAAAGAAGUAAUUAGUCAAUAUACAACAGAUUUACAAACUGAUAGUCUUUUUUAUACUGAUGCUAAUGGUAGAGAAAUAUUACAAAGAAAACGUGACUAUCGCAGUACAUGGACAUUAAAUCAAUCUGAACCUAUAGCUGGUAAUUAUUAUCCUGUUAAUAGUAGAACAUAUAUGCAGGAUACUGAUAAAGAUAUAAGGUUUUCAGUAUUAACUGAUAGAUCACAAGGUGGUAGUAGUAUCAAAGAUGGACAAUUAGAAAUUAUGGUUCAUCGUAGAUUAUUACAUGAUGAUGCUUUAGGAGUUGGUGAACCACUCAAUGAAACUGGUUCUGAUGGUAAAGGUCUUGUAGUAAGAGGUAGCCAUUUUAUAUUCCUUGAUACUAUAAAAGAAUCAGCAGCUGUACAAAGACCCUUUGCUGAAGAAUUGUUUAUGGCUCCACAAUUAUCCUUCACUAAUGCCCAGAUGAAAUACAGUGACUGGAGUAAACAAUAUAGAACCAUGUGGUCAGGAGUAAAGAAAACAUUACCACCUAAUAUUCAUUUAUUAACAUUAGAACAAUUUGCUGGUACUGGACCUGUUCCUUCACAAGAUCAGCCAUUCUUACUACGACUAGAACAUAUGUUUGAGGUUGAUGAAGAUGUAGAUUUAUCCAAACCAGUUAAUGUCACUUUACAGGAUUUAUUUACAACAUUUGAAAUUACUAGUGCUACUGAGUUAACAUUAGGAGCUAAUUUACCACUUAAUCAGCUUGAGAGAUUAAAAUGGAUGUCAGAAGAUAGUAAAACAACUCCAAUUAAUGAAUCCAGAAUAAAAUAUGAACCAUUAAAACUUGGAGAUGACCUGACAGUUACACUCAAUCCAAUGCAGAUCAGAACAUUCCAAAUACAGAUCAAGUCAAGACAGUAAUAUAUGGACUGUGGUUGUGAAUAAAUAUAUAGCUCAUAUAAAUACUUUGAAUCAUGUGAAUGUCAUUUUAAAAAUUAUUGGAAAUAUUAUUAAAGUAUCUUUUAAUAUGUGAAUUCAAUUGUUUCUCUAUGGAAUUUGUUUUUGUUAUUUAGUUAAUUUGGUCCUGAGAAUGAAUACAUAUUACAUUUUGUAGUUAAUAGAAAUUAACUACCUGUAUCCUUAGAUUCGCCAAACUGCUGCUUAAUGUUUCAUUGCUUACAAUAGACUUGUAGAUUAUAGAUAGAUGUAUAUUUGUUUGUCCAUACUACCAGCAAUAAAUUAAUUUCUUAAAAACUAG